UGAGGAUGUGGCCGUGUACUUCUCCUGGGAGGAAUGGUGUCUGCUUGAUGAGGUUCAGAUACGUCUGUACCUUGAUGUCAUGCUGGAAAACUUUGCACUUGUAUCCAUGCUGGGCGGCGGAGUCUUGAUUCGAAAUCCCGAAGGUUUGCCCCAAGGCUUCAUCCCACCCCCGGCGAGUCCCCGCUCCUCCCGGCCCGGUGAGUCCUCCUUGCCGGCCCGAGGCCGCGCUCCGAAGAGAAAGAAAGGAAAGGAGCUCUGCGGUGCCCGGGUCCCAUGGGAUCCCGAGGGUCCGACUUCCCGCGCCCGGGCCUGCGGAGCCCUAGUCGGCCCGCCGGCACUCCCGCCGGGACCACCUCACGGCAGUCCCGCAGGACGGGAAGCAGCCCAAACCCUGCGGCCCGAUACACCUGCCACCGGAAGUGAUCCUUCUUCGGAGGCUGAGAGGGCACGGGGGGCGUCGGAAGAGGACUGAGAAGCGCAGAGCGAGCCCUGAAGACCACGCAGUUUCCAUGCCUUGGGGAGGCGCCCUGCAGGGACCGAGGGGCCAGCGGUAGCCCCGAGUCAGACUCCGUGGUGGUCCCGGUGUUCAGUGCCCUUCCCUGAGGCCUUAGCACUACCUUACCCAGAAGAUUGUGCGCCAAGGGGCAGAGGCCAUAGCCCAAUGACAGUCCAGAAAGGAGGCGUUUCCGGGUCAGCAAACAUUUCGUUGAGGGGCUUCCGGCGGCUUCCUGACGGCCAUUUUGGUUGCUGUGGAGUCCGUUGAUUGCGUGAGAGGGUCGCGUGUCCCGUGAGGGGAGCGACGUGACGGGCCUAGAGGGCGCAGGAGGAGGCUCUGUCCGCGCUGCACGGGUGCGGGUGUGAGGGUCGGGGACACCGCCGCCCGCGAGGGGUGUCGUUGCCGAGCCGACCCGGUCACUCGGCUGCGGCCACUCUGCUCCGCGCAGAGGCUCGGAUGGCGGCGGCUGCGCUGAGGGACGCGGCUCAGGGCAGUGUGACCUUUGAGGAUGUGGCUGUGUACUUCUCCCGGGAGGAAUGGUGUCUGCUUGAUGAGGUUCAGAUACGCCUGUACCUUGAUGUCAUGCUGGAGAACUUUGCCCUUGUAUCCAUGCUGGAUUCUUUGCAUGGAGUCGAGGGUGAGGAGACACCUUCUGAACAGAGCAUAUUUGUAGGAAUGUCACAGACCAGGACCCCCAAGGCAGCUGUAUCUCCUGAGAAGUCCCAGCCCUGUAGGAUGUGUGUUCCAGUCUUGAGAGACAUCCUCCACUUGGCUGAACAUGAAGGAAGAAAUAGGGGGCAGAAAUCAUACACAUGUGGAGCAUGUGGGAAACAAUUCUAUUUCACUGCAAACCUUCAGCAGCACCAGAGGCAGCUCGUUAGAGACAAACCCUUCAGAUGUGAUCUGUGGAGACCCGCAUUUUUGAAGACCUGCACAGCCCAUGCAUCAAGGAAUCUCUUUACCUGUAGGGAAAUUGGGAAGGACUUCUUGGCCAACAUGGGACUUCAGCAACAGGACGCUGAUCCCAGGAAGAAAGUAAACAACAGUAGUGAGUGUGGAGCUGUUUUUCAGAGUGGAAGAAGUCAUCCCAGCUGGGGAGAAUGCAGAAAAGAGCUUUAUGAGUGCAAGGAAUGUGACAAAUCUUUUAUCCGGAGGUGCAACUUCACUCAACAUCAGAGAGUUCACACUGGAGAAAGGCGUUAUGAGUGCAAUGUAUGUGGAAAAUUUUUUAGCAGGAAAUUCAGUUUUCUUAUACACCAGAGAAUUCAUAGUGGAGAAAGGCCUUACAAGUGCAGUGAGUGUGGGAAGUCAUUUAGCGGAAGCCACCACCUCAGUGCCCAUAGGAAAAUCCACACGGGAGCAAAUCCUUACGACUGCAAGGACUGUGAUAGAUCUUUUAUCCGAAGGUGCAACUUUAUUCAACACCAGAGAGUUCACACUAGAGAAAAGCCUUAUCAGUGUAGUGAAUGUGGCAAGUGUUUUACCUACUAUUCCAGAUUCCUUACACAUCAGAGAGUUCACACUGGAGAAAGGCUUUAUGAAUGCAGUGAAUGUGGGAAGUUUUUUAUCAAAAAAUCCAGCUUUCUUAUACAUCAGAGAGUUCACACUGGAGAAAGUCCUUAUGAAUGCAGUGAAUGUGGAAAAUUUUUUAGUAAUAACUCCAGAUUCCUUACACAUCAGAGAGUUCACAGUGGAGUAAAGCCUUAUGAGUGCAGUGAGUGUGGGAAGUCUUUUACUUCUAGGUCUAGCCUCUGUUACCAUCAGAGAGUUCACACUGGAGAGCGGCCUUUUAAGUGCAGUGAGUGUGGGAAGUCUUUUAUUGGUAGAUCUGGCCUCCGUUAUCAUCAGAGAGUUCACACUGGAGAAAGACCUUACGAAUGCUGUGAAUGUGGGAAAUUUUUUACCAACAACUCCAAGUUCCUUAUACAUCAGAGACUUCACACUGGAGAAAAGCCUUAUGAGUGCAGUCAGUGUGGGAAAUCUUUUUCUGCUAGGUCUAGCCUUCGAUAUCAUCAGAGAGUUCACACUGGAGAGCGGCCCUAUAAGUGUAGUGAAUGUGGGAAAUCUUAUAUUGGUAGGGCUGGCCUCGUUAAUCAUCAGAGAGUUCACACGGGAGAGCGGCCUUAUACAUGUAGUGAAUGUGGAAAAUCUUUUAUUUGUAAGUCUGGCCUCCUUUAUCAUCAGAGAGUUCACACUGGAGAAACCCCUUAUGAGUGCAGUGAAUGUGGGAAAUCUUUUACCGAUAGAUCUGGCCUUCGUUAUCAUAAGAGAGUUCACAGUGGAGAAAAGCCUUAUGAGUGCAGUCAGUGUGGGAGAUCUUUUACUGCUAGGUCUAGCCUGUGUUAUCAUCAGAGAGUUCACACUGGAGGAAAGCCACCUGAGUCCAGUGAAUGUGGGAAAUCUUUUACUGAUAGGUCUGGCCUCCUUUACUGUCAGAGAGUUCCUAGUUGAGAAACACUUUAUGAGUGCAGUGUGAUACAUCUUUUUUCCAAAAGAGCCAUUUGCUUCAACAUGAGAAAGUUCACAAUGAAGAAAUGACCUUGUGAAUGUAGAGAAUAAGGAUGGCACUGAGGCUGUAGGAGUUUGAGGUAAAAGGUUUGGGAGAAUGGAGGUGCGUUAUUAAUUGUGCAGGCAAAAGACCAUUUCUAGGGAGGAAACUGAGGCUCAGGGAGGGUGUGUCAUUUUGUGAACUCUCAGCUUGGACAGGGAUUUAGAAUUCAGUGCCAGGUAGCCUGGUUCAGGGCAUGGAGAUUCUGGUCACUGCACUCUUCUUUCCCUCCCAGCUCAGCUCAAAGAACCUAAAAGAACACCUUGUCCAUCCUGACAUCCUGUUUCCCCUCCCCAAGCACCCUGCUCGUACUCCCAUCUCCUGCUGAUGGACAGGACUAUGCUUUCAUUCAGAACCAACAUUGAUGGUUUUCUGUAAAUGACUCCAUUUAUCUACACAACCUACCGAGUGCUCAGAGUCUGUUAUUGUCCUCAUUUCUGAAACUUGGCAUCUGUUGCUCAGAGAGUUUAAGGGACUUUCACAAGGGGACACAGCUGUCGAGGAAUUGAUGAGUGUGGUUCCUCAGGACGCCACAUCUGCUGGCUUCAUCCUGUCCUUCCCAGCAUGGACUCCAGGGAUCCUCUCCUGCCCAGACACAUCUGCUUUUCCCUGAUCAUGACACCCCUUGUGCAUCUCCACGAGGACAUCCACUUCCACCUCCCCCAUACACAUUUCCUUUCUGAGAACACCUCUCCUGUGCAGUUCCUAACAGGGACAGCAGCACUAACACAGGCAUCCCCAGAGGGUAUGUGGUGUCACCCCAGAAGUGAUACUGCUUUCAGUUGCCAUAUAUAGUUAUUUAUUUCCAAGGACUUGUCCAUCUUCAAAAAUCUUCCUUCAGGAUGUCCCUGUCACAUAGUUUCUCAGUUGAUGAGGUCACUGGUCUGGGUACUGUGAGGCAGUGGAGGACUCAGAGUGUCCACUGUGGCUCUCACAUAUCCCCAUCCCCAAGGCUCUUCCUUGUCAUCCCCUUGCCUUGCCCCACUGCUCUUCCCACCUUACCAGGAAAAUGUAAAUCGCCGAUUAAUGAUUAUUAAUCAGCAGGAAAUUUCCCUCUCCACCUGGAAACACACUUCAUCAACCUUAUGUUGAAAGAUAACACUGCUGCUCACUUCAGUGAAGACUGUAAAACCCCACUCUAAAAUCAUGAGUUUAAUUGCAUCUCUCCCAGGAUUCUUGAAGUUGAGUUUCUUUCAUGUGUCUGUUUUUUGCCUGUGUGUCUUGUUUAGUUAAGUUUCUGUUCCUGUAUUUUUCCUACUUUUAAUUUUUUGAAUUUUGGCUAUUUUUUUUCAUUGACAAUUAGAAGAAUAGGAAAUAGCAAAGACAUCUGUGGAAUUUCACUCGUUGAGCAAUAAUAUGAAUGACUAAUUUUCUACAUGGAAUAGUGAUUUGGAAUACUAAAAUAUUUUCUCAUUUUUCUUCAAUGUCCUAUGCAAAAUGUAAUGGCCACAUAGUUUAUACACAUUUAAGAUCAAUCUGUAUUAUUAACAUAUAGUCCCUCACUCUUUUUUUUUGAGACGGGGGUUAUUAGGUUUAUUUAUUUAUUUAUGUUUUAGAGGAGGUAGUGGGAAUUGAACCCAGGACCUUGUGCAUGCUAAGCAUGCACUCUACCGCUUGAGGUAUACCAUCCCCCAUCACUCACUCUUUAAGUCCAGACAUUCGAUAACAGAAUCAAACCCUGGUUUGUAAUGUUAACCAAUUGCCCUAUUUCCCUGGUGUAAAUACUCCCAAUGUAGGCAAUGUCAAAUUACCAGCUUGUCACGGAGCAUGGAGUUCAGAAGCAUUCCCAGUAGCCCAGUGUAUUCUGUUUCCAUCACACUAGGUACCUUAGCUGCAGAUAAUUUUAAGAAUGUAACUAAUAAACCAUAGUACAAUGAUGAUAAAGUGACAGGUUUUGUAUGUCUUUUUAAAUAGUUUAAUGAAUGUUGACUUUAAUUUCACGUAUUUAAAAUGUACAUUUUGAUGUAGUGACAUUCUUGUACACUCCUGACACUACGCUUCCUCCUACAAUUUUUAAGUCAUGCUCAGCAUUGACUCAGGAACAUAAUCAAAUUUGUAACGACUAUUUUUCAACAUAAGUAUAAACAGAAUAACUGUAUUUGAAGCCUGAUGAACCCUUCCCCAGUCUCACAUCAUUUAUCAUUUCCAUGCUUGUGUGUGUGUGUAUCAUGCACUUAGUGGGUUUUAGUUUAUAAUUUCAGGUAUGUUGUUGAAUGCAUAUCUUAGAAUGCAUUUCUGAAAUCAAAGAGCCCUUUCAUACUCCAUUAUGUAUAAAUGUAUUCUAACUAUUACUGUAUACUAGCAUAAUUGGGGACUCAGUGUGACAGAUUUUGAAUGCUAAUACCCUUCAAUGCAGCUUUUACCUACAACUGAUACACCACUGCACAAAGGAUGUGUGACAGCAGUGAGGCCCUGUUGGGGAAAUGUAAUGUACUGGCCCGCCACAUCAAGUGUGGUCACACAAAUGCGUAAACACUCCAGGGAGACUGGAACAGACAUGUGAUAGGGAUACCCAACAGUCUAGUGUAUAAGCCAUGCACACAAUCACACAGUCUCUGUGGAUCACCUGUGAUGUGGGUGCAGACUGGCUUGGAAAGGACUUCUCCCACAUCACUCCAUGUUUGAUGAUGCACUGAUGGAGUUCAGAUCAGGGACUCAGUAAACACCUCAGUACAAUUUGGAGACUCGUGGUGUGAGUAGCUUUGAGAAGGAGGAGGACCUGCGGUGGGAUACUUACAGGCUAUCUGGAAUGUGUCAGCCUGCAUUCAGCCCUCAGCAUUUAGAAUAAGGUUGGUCAAGUGUAGGUCUUGAGGAAAGGAGGGCACCUUCUUGACUGUAUUUUUCUAAUGGAGUGGAAGCAGCAGUGGGGUGAUGGGUCAGGAAGUUAGAGGAAGAGCCUCAGGGACGGGGCCGCAUCAGACAUUCUUAGUUCUUCAGUGUCUUUCACGGUGCCAAGAAUAGUGACCAGGACAACUGGGCAAUGAGGCAGAAGGAACCUCUUGAAGCGGGCUUAUGAAACAGAUGGACAGGACCUUGAAAACAAAUGACUGCAUAUGGCAGUGAGGUCACAUCUGGAGUGACAUUGAUGACCCUGUCCAGGGUGUCUAGUUCAGUGCUGCUGUCCCUGUGAAGAACUUGAGGAGAAGAAAGGUGUUUGCAGGAAGGAGAUGUGCAUUGGGGGAGGUGGGCCUUGAGGCCCUGGUGGAGAUGCACAUGUGGGGUAGGUAAUUGAAGGAGUUGGAGUCCCUGCUGGGUCGGGUGGUGGGGAGAGAAGCCUGUAGACUUGUGCAGUGUUGAGGGACCACUCAUAAAUGGCCUGGCAGCUCUGUUCCCUUGUCAUAGUGCCUCAGUGUCUCUGAGCUGCAGACCUCUAGUUUCAGAAAUGAGGGUAACAGAUUCUGAACACUGGGUGAGUUGGGUAGAUAACAGGUCACUCACAGGAAAGCCAUCAGUGAAAAGAUAGUCUGACCAUCAGCAUCAGAUGGGGACAUGAGCAGAGCCCUCUGGCUGGGGGAAAGAGGGUGUUAGCAUGGACAAGGUGUUUGCAUUUCCAGAGCUCAGGAGGCAAAGAGGAGUGCAGUGACCAGAGUCUUCAUGCCCAGAACCAGGGCAUGAAUCCUAAAUCCCUGUCCAUUGCUAGGAGUUCACAAGGAGACAACACACCCUUUGUGGGACUCAGUUUCCUCCCAACAAAUGGUCUUUUUGCUCAUGGUUAAAGCAGGGGCAUCUUCAUGCUGUGUUGCCACCUCAGACUCAUCCAACUCCUGUGCUGUCCCUAAACUUUCCACUUUCUGCUUUACCUGAACACCCUCAGUCCCUUCCACAGUUUGAUGGGGAAGAAAUGGGACUCCUGAAAAGACCCUGAGAACCUGUGUUCUUGGACCAAGGCAGAGGGACAAGCAGGGGCUGCCAAGUCCAGAGCCCUCCCUGUGGAGUCUCUCUGAGCCCUCUCUGGGGAUGUGAUCUUGAGGAAGCCCCCCGUUAGCCCUUGGCUUCAGACCUUUCACCAGAUCUGAAAUGGAAUAUCAAUUUCACCCUUGGAUUUAGAGGACUGGAGAGGGCACAUGUUUGAUGCAAUUCCCUCAGUGCUCAGGUGGCCCUGUAGGUGCCACUUUUGGGAGGUGGAUAAGGGUCCUUCCAUCCUUUGUCCACGCUUACAGAAGUAUGAUCUGGUUUGACUAAAAUGGAAUUAACAGUGUUGAGGAAAACUUAUUUUGACACCCCCCCAUUAUACAUAUAUAUGUAAAUAUAGUCAGUUUACAAUGUUCUGUCAACUCGUACAGUACAAUGCUUCAGUCAUACAUGAACACACAUACGUUCAUUUUUAUAUUCUUUUCCACAUUAAGUUACUACAAGAUAUUGUAUACAGUUCCCUGUGCAUUACAGUUGACACUUGUUAAAAUGGUAAGAAAUAUUUUAUCCUGGAUUUUUGAGAUAGGUGUCGAGGUUAUUAUAAUAUUGGAGGACUUAGUUCAACUUUAAGUAAAGACAGCUGCGGAUCUGUAGCCAAGGAGCUGAGUGAAGGGGUCAGUGAAUGGAAAAUUACUAACAGGAAACAUCAAGUAUGAUGGUUGAAUU